AUGGAUUUUUUCGGUCAGAACAAAAGUGGAUUAUCAAAAUGCAAUGCGCAGUGCGUAGUUAGUAGAAUCAUUAUAAUUAUUCUGUCAAUAAUUUUAUUAUUAGGGUUACUUGUUUGGAUCUUUCAGGAAAAACUUUUGUUCUUUCCGAAUAUUAAUGGAAAAAGAGAUUUAGCCUCAAACUUUCCAGGAUUCAGACACCCUAAUGAGAAAAAGAUUAAUUCAGAGGACGUGACUUUAAUUACGGAUGAUAAUGUUAAAUUACAUUGUUGGUUUAUGGUACACAAGGAAUUUGACAGAUACGUUAGCAACAAGUUUGGUACGUUGGAGACUGAUUCUAAUUUAAAAGAAAAUUUUGAAGGGGAAAUUGAAGAUGAUAACGAGGGAGAGUAUAUGAAUAUAACUAGAAAAGCUCCUAAAUAUAUGAGACAUUAUUUUGCUGAAUUUGCAAAAAGAUAUGAGCAACAAGAAAAGUCCCCGACUAUUAUUUUCUUUCAUGGUAAUGCUGGUAACAUUGGGCACAGACUUCCCAGGUUCUGGGAACUUUAUAAUCUUAUUGGUGUUAAUGUUCUUGCAGUUUCUUAUAGAGGAUAUGGAGAUAGCGAAGGAGUACCUUCUGAAGAGGGUUUCUAUUUAGAUGCUAAAGCUGCAUUUGAAUAUGUUCUUUCUAGGACUGAUGUAGUGGAUAAAAAUAUGAUAUUUGUAUAUGGUCAUUCUAUUGGUGGCGCUGUCACUAUUGAUCUUGCUUCCAAAUAUAAUAUCACUGGUAUUAUUCUAGAAAAUACCUUCACUGAUAUUGGCUCUAUUGCUUUAAGAGUUUAUCCAAUAUUCAAAUAUUUUGGUUUCUUAUUUAAAGUAAUACAAAGACUUAAGUUUGACUCUAUCUCUAAAAUUUCCCGUGUUAAAUCUCCAAUAUUAUUCGUGGUUGGGAGUGAGGAUGAAAUUAUACCUCCUACUCAUUCUAUUGAACUUUAUAGAAAGGCGGGAACGAAUGGUUUUUUAAACAAAGUCUAUACAGUCUCGGGAGGGCUUCAUAAUGACACUUGGCUUAAAGGUGGAAUGGAAUUUUACCUGAUGUUAAUAGAAUUUAUUUAUAAUGUUAUAGACUUUAAUACGGCGGAAAUGGUAGCUUCUUCCAAUAAAAUAUUGAGGCAGAACGAGGAGGAAAGUUCAGAUUCAAAAGAAGAGAUUUUGAGGCACAGGGAAAGGUCUUCUGUAAUUAAGCUUCGACAAAAAACAAAUUAA